AUGGCCACUUCAAGUUCUUCUCUUCUGUCAAAUUACACGACAAUAAAAGUCGUAAAGAAGACGGGUGGCGUCGUUUUAGAUUGGUAUGCGAUUGAAAUUGGAGGGGAAGAUAUCACCUUUCUACAACUGUAUGAAAGGCUUGCGACAGCCAGCGAUUAUCGCCCGGAAAAUUUUAAUGACAUUCUCUCCAAAGCAGCACAUGCAAGGUUUUUCUGUAGCGAAAGCAGGGUCGACAAGGGCGUCGAAGUAUUCGGUGGACUUAAGGUCGGACAGGCCACCCGACAGUUUGGCUGCUUCGUGCGAGUUGAAGUUGACAAAGCGGCAACGACCGAGGCAGGCAGUCCCCCUCCAAAGUCGGCUUUUCAGGUGAUGAUGAUGGCAGCCAAGGACCUAGCCCAACAACAGAUGAUGUAUCCCGACUAUGCUGGAAGUAUUGGUGAGAGUGCUGCUGCAAAUGGCAAGAUUCUCCUCUAUAACCACAUUGUGGACAUAUUGAAAGGACAGGACUUCAGGUUUGAGAGGAACAAAGCAAAUGAGAAUUCAAGCAAAGAAGUCCUUGUUGCACUCAGAAAUGCUGUAUGGUAUGUUCUCCCACAUCUCAAAACACUGGCAGAAAGAUCUGUGUAUCUACCAGAGGACUUGUGCUCCUUGUACGACAAGACAACUUUCUCACAGAAGUAUAACAACCCUGCACAACAUCGCCAUAUUCUGCAACCAUUGUCCAGAAGUGAGCUAGAAAAACAUACACAGGAACUGUUCAAAAUGGCAUCACUACCCUUGCUGCAUAAACCCAAGCUCUCAAAAGUGAAAGACAUUAUCAUCCAACUGGGACAAGGAUUACACAGGUACAGUGAUCACCUACAAGUAUCUAACAGAAAAGUACAGGAGCAGCGUAAACAGAUGUUCCCAGUCAGAAGUGUAGGAGACAAUGCAGAACUGAGGGGGGUUGAGGCAAAAGUGCGGAGUGACACAAAACUAAUCAGUAGAUAUGCAGACUUGGAGAGCCACCUUGCAAAGAUUGCAGACUAUGAUAUAUGCUUACUGGAUGAGUUUGCACCCUUAGACUACAGAAAGAGAUACAUCUACAUCAGUGAACUGAUACUACCCAUGAGUGUUGAAGUAUACACAUACAAGAUAGGCAAUAACCAGGGGUCACUGCACUUCUUAUGGAAGGUCCCAGCCAGGCAUGAGGACAGAGACUUGAACACAACAAACAAACUAAUCCACCAAAUUGAGAAAGAUAUUCCUGUAUAUCAUACAAGGGAAAUGCGUAAGAGGUUUAGAGAGAGAUUUUCAUUGGUAUCCAAUGCAAAGCCAGUAUUGCUUAAUGAGAUGUACCAGUUCCUGACAAAUGAUUCAACUGCAGAAGAAUGCACAACCAGUAAAGAGGUCAGACAGCGAUUGAAAUUUCUACUAGAUGUACAAGAUCCUGACCUUGUUGUGGACUUGAGAUCCAUGAAUGAAGGACGUAAGGAGAAAUAUCAACACUUCUGGGAUGAAGCUACAAAGAUGAUAGAGGAAAAGCAACUGGCAACUGUAGAUGAUAGGCGGCAUGGUCAAGUUUGCCACAUGGCCCUAGCAAUGUCUGUGCCAGACUUCAUCAAUCAAGUGAGUGCAAGACUUCCAGCAGGAUCAGAGAUACCAAGUGCUUCAUGGGUGAGUCUACAGUUUUGGCCAAAAAAUCCAUUUGUAGACCGUGCAGUUCGGUACACAGGUCGGCUCAAUGUAAAAUACAUGGUACAGAGCCGACAGCUUAACCAUGACCAUGUUGAUGCCCACUAUGUAGCUGCCAUCUUCAAGUAUCUCAAGUCAUUCUCAGUCAUGUUCAAGGAGUACACAGCAUUAGUCUUUUUGGAUGACAAGCACGGCAUUAAAGUUGGUGAACCCGGAUAUCCUGUGGCAGCAGUUGAUAGAGGUAAAUCUGUGCUUGUAGCAAGAGACAAUGUGUUUGCUGUUGCAGACCACGACUUUACUAAACUCAAGAUUACACCGAGUGUUACACUGGUCUGUGAUAUCCCAGAGAGUGUCAGUGACUCCUUUUACCGGGACACCAAACAGAGCUUUACGAGGUACUCAACCAAGCAGGCAAGCUGGGACUGCCAAUAUUGUGCCUGUACAGGGAUGGCGGACCAGACCACCGACUGA